ACAGGUGGCAGUCCCUUCUCUCAGUGGUUUAAAGUUGUUUUUGUUGGCGAUGUAAGAGUUGGCAAAACCUCACUUAUUAAGGCAGUCAAAUGUGAGGUGCGACCUAAAGAGUACAGGCCAACAAGAGGAGCCUGGAUAACACACUAUGACUUAUCAGAGAGAUGUCGGCUCCACAUAACGGACACCUCCGGAAAACAAGGAUUCAAAGAACUUACUGACCUAUAUUUGAGGAAUCUACACUGCGUUGUCUUCGUGUUUGCUCUUGAUGACCCCUCAAGCUUCAAGCGGCUUAAUCACUGGCAUCAAAUCUUCACUAAAGCGUGUACAGGCGAUCCUUCUAACGUUGUAAAGUUUGUCGUAGGUACCAAGACAGAUGCACCUCGGGAGAGCUUAACGUUACAAAGAGAAGCGAUGUUGUUCGCCGAGAAGAUUGGUGCGGAAAUGUGGAUCACAUCAGCUGCUAAGUCGUUUAAUGUCUCUGAGCUAUUCGCUAGAAUUGCUGAGAACGUCAGUCGGCAAAUGUCCAAUUCAUCUUACAUUGAGCUGCUACCGAGAGAAAGCGACUUUCCAGAUGGAGAAGCUGGUGACUUGUACGCUAACAUGCUGGAUGAUGUGAUUAUUGGCCGCGGUGCUCUUGUAAGUUACCCUGAUCCAGUUCUUUUGGACACCAAUGGAGAAGAGAUCUCCGAUCUUAUCUUAUCACAUCACUGUGUUACUAUGAUAGGACAGAGCAGGACUUUCAAGUGGGGAACAUGGUCCAGUCAACGGUGAGAAUAUUAAAAGCCUGUGAUUAUACCAAUCUCCCAUACCAGUUUUCUACAGUAGGUUCUAUGAAAUGUCACUGCCAAAGUCCCUGGAUGUGAGUAUAUAUUUAUACGGAAUUGAUGUGUAUAGCUGGUCUUCUAAUGAGAGAAUUAAAUAAUUGAGAAGCCAGUCCAUGUUAUACCAUUUCAUACCUUUUCACGUAUAAUUAGGAACCUAUGCAAAUGUUUUGGCUAAAAUCUCCACCUAUUAUCAGGAUCUGUUGAGUAUACGAUAGUCUCUCAAUUGGGGCGGCUGGGUCGACCAAUUAAAAACUUGGGUAGAGGUGAACCGCUGAGAGAAUGGCUUUCAUAAAGCAAAUAAUUUUAUUUGCUUCCAACCAUUCUGCCCACCUGGCACGUGCUCCUGUGAGUGUAUCAGCGCCGGCAGCACGCCUGAAAAAAAUUAUCGUUUAAAGUACUUAAACUCAAAAUAUAUAUAUAUUACUCAAUUAUUUUAGAUCGAAAGAAGCAGUGAUGAAGGAGAGCCCAGGAACGUUAAGAAAACCAGCAAACAAACUUUGGUCUUGCGCCAUGGCGAAUGCACCACCAAGCACCUGGCAGCACGAGAGCCUGGAGGGUGUUAUCAAGUUUGGUACUACAAUCAGGCGACAGCCCACUAAAACAGAAUUUAAGAACAUCAAAAAACUUCUUUUCACUUCACGUAAGUGAUCACUUUCAUUCAGUAGACGCUUGUUGAGGUAACGUGAUCUUCCUGGCUAAAAACCAUGGGAAAAAUAUUUAUACUUGAAAUCGCGUCUUGCAAAACCGCGGGAGAGAAGAUAGACAAAAGCGAAAACAAAUCAUAUCUCUUAGCCAGGAAUCAAACGCGUCGUCAAUCGCAUGAUAGUAGGGAGUUUAAGCAAGGACGUUGUUGAGCGACGAAUGUCAACCGGAAGUGGACUUUUUGCGCUCCUUGGCCGUGAUUUUGAACAACUUAUAAGGCAAAUCAUCUCUAUAAGUGUAAAGACACUUAGCAAUACAAAUUUGGUUCCGUCAAGGCAUAUUAAAAGAGAAAAAGGCUCACUUCCGGUUGACUUUCCAACCUCAAAAACGUCGCUACUUAAACUCCCCAGACAACUCUACCCCUAUAAACAUCACGAAAUGCUAAACCCUCCAUUUUAUGUGUAGUCAAUUUUUUUAAACCUACCAAACAAAAUUUGCCGUCAUUUGAAUGGAAAGACGUCAAGAGGCAGGUUUCUUGAGCCCGAUUUGCUCCAAAAUCACACGAACGAAGGAAAAGGAAAUAAGUAAAAGAAAGAGCGAGGAGGAAGAAAGGAGUAGAAGAGAAGGCAUAUUAAAAGAGAAAAAGGCUCACUUCCGGUUGACUUUCCACCCUCAAAAACGUCGCUACUUAAACUCCCCAGACAACUCUACCACUAUAAACAUCACGAAAUGCUAAACCCUCCAUUUUAUGUGUAGCCAAUUUUUUUAAACCUACCAAACAAAAUUUGCCGUCAUUUGAAUGGAAAGGCGUCAAGAGGCAGGUUUCUUGAGCCUGAUUUGCUCCAAAAUCACACGAACGAAGGAAAAGGAAAUGAGUAAAAGAAAGAGCGAUGAGGAAGAAAGGAGUAGAAGAGAAAAAUCAAUGGUUGCACUCUUUAUGUUUACAAUGGCUACUUUGGCCGAAAAAAAACUGUUGGACACAAAAAGUCCAAUUGGCGGUAACGUUUUCAAAAUUUCGGCCAGAUGUGUAACCUUGAAAAUUUUUCUGAAAAACGCCGUUUGAAGCUGCUCGUACCACGUUUUGGUCAUAGUCUGCCUAAAAUGGCAGAAAACAUUGUUUACAAGUCGAGCAUUAGGCUAAAUUUUGUUGCUGAUGGAAAAUUACAGCUUCCGAAGUUGGGACAUGUAGUUUUGUUGCUAGGCGACUGCGGACACCAUUCCAUAUAUGUAAAGGCACCGGUUAUCCCUUCCCGGAAAUAACCGAUUUUUUAACGACGUACUUGUUGUUCUUGACUUUACCUUAAACUGUUGGGUUACUUCCAGCUCUAGUAGCUGGUGAACGUGCUUUUUUUAGGGAAAAAAACGAAGAAAAAGUGAGAAAUUGAGAAACGAGAGAGGAAGAGGUUCACGCGUCAAAGCAACUCACCUUCAUGUUCACACUUCGCUAUACCUCCGCUCCAAAUAUUACUAAAUAAACUUAAGUACUACGGAUUACAAUAAAGUGAAUACAACUGGUUUCAAUCCUACUUAAAUAAUAGGAACAGCAGGUGCAUGCAAAUGGUGUUGCUUCCAAUACACGUUUUAUCUCCACUGGUGUGCCUCAAGGAUCGAUACUAGGACCUUUGCUGUUUAUUAUUUUCAUUAAUGACCUUCCAAAGUCUUCCACCUUUUUUUCUACCAGAUUAUAUGCAGACGAUACAUCUCUAACAGCUUCUGGAAGUGAUCUUGACAGUUUAUUGCGUGAAAUUAACAAUCAUUUACCAGCUGUCUACGAAUGGUUAUGCAGUAAUAAAUUGACCUUAAAUUUGACAAAAACUAAGUUUCUUAUCUUUAUGCCUCGUCAAAAGGAAAGCUACAAUCUUUAUCCACCACUAACCGUAGCAAAUGUUCAUCUAGAGAAGUCCUUUUGUGUAAAAUAUCUUGGUGUGUAUAUUGAUUGUCACCUUACUUGGCAUGACCAUAUUGAUUACAUAUGUGGCAAAAUUGGCAAAAAUAUAAAUAUAAUGGUUAAGUUGAAGCAUUAUGUAUCAAAAGCAACACUUAUUAGUGUGUAUUAUUCUCUUAUUUAUCCUUACCUUACUUAUGCUUGUACACUUUGUGGAAAUAAUUAUAACGCUCCAUUGUCUCAAAUCGUAAAGUUACAAAACAAAGCGGUUCGUGUUAUAAAUGAUGUUCCUUUGAUGGAGUCAAUAACUCCACACUACACAUCCUUAGGCCUUCUGAAAUUUCCUGAUAUUGUUAAACUGAACACAGGUAUGCUUUUUUAUGAUUAUUUCCACCAUGAAAAGUUUGCUAAUAUACCUGUUUCAUUAGUAUCUGAACUACAUAAUUACAGUACCCGCAGUGCAUCAUCCAAUCAAGUUGCAAUACCUACAUUUCGAACUAAUCUUAGGAGAUUUUGCCCCAGCAUUAUUGGAAGUUUCUUUUGGAACGAUAUUCCGAAAUCCAUUAGAGACAAACCAUCUAAAAAAAUGUACCUGGCUCAAUACUAAUGAAUCAAUAUCCCUUUUACAACUUUCUGAGCUAUUUUGUCAUUUUUCCUUUACUUUUUUAAUUAGUAAUCUUAAGUCCUUUGUUAUACAUAACUUUAAAGGGCACAAUAUUAGUUUAUCUAGAUGUGCCCCUCUCCUCUCCUUCCAAUAUAUAAUGUAAUUCAAUUUAAGUGUCGUAAUUUCUAUUUUACGCGUUUAUUUCCUUUGUAAAUCUUUAUCUGUUACUAUAUUAUUUUUUUUUCAGUUAUAUUUACAUAACUUUGUAUCAGCUAGGAAUUGGAGGAAUAAAUAAAAUGACAAAAAAAAAAUGAAUGAAAAUACCUCCUCUCCAGGGAAUACGUCCGAGAUGACUGUGGUGACUUUUUGUGGUUCAAUUCCAUUUAGGUGACCAUUUAGGGUGGGAAAGAAACCAUGGAUUAUUCUACAUGAUGCUCCACACGGAAGAGGACAGUGUUUUGGAGGUCGGCCUGCACUCGGUGUUUGACCAGCAGAGUAGGACAUCAUCUGCGGAAAGAGUCGUUGUUGAAAACAAUUUCCAUUUCAAGCCUACACGAAUUUGUGGACAAGCUGCCUUUGUUAGCUUGUCUUACACUCACUCGGCCGUUGUUGCGGGCGAAGCCAACGGUGUUUCAACAUGGGGACACGGAGAUUGUGGAGCACUUGGCCUCGAUGAGUACCUGAUUGCGAAUUUCAGUCCUCCUUCUCCAAUCGCUGUAACGUCAAUCAGCUGCCAAGUCAAACAGGUCGCCUGUGGUGGAGACUUUACAUUGAUUUUGACCACCGAAGGGCUGGUGUAUUCUUGCGGCUCGGGUGCAUUUGGAAAGUUAGGUCAUGGAGACGAACAAGACAAGAGGUUGCCUUCUUUGGUACGUAUCCCUUUAGAGUUCCAAACUGCAUUUUUCGGAAGAAUGAACGUGAUAAAUAGUCUCACUCAAGUCUCUUUGUAGCGCUGCCGCCUGAUGUCGGAGAAUCAUUUUUUUCUUUGUUGCUUGCUCGCGACAUGACCAUUUUGACAUUUUUCUUGUUUAACGCUGUUUUUAUUCACUAUUUUUGUGGUGUCUGUUUUCUCUUAAACUCUACUCUGCUCAAGUAAUAUCUAACACUGCUGAUCAUGUACGCUGUUAUAUUUGUCUGGACCCUCAGCUAAUCAACAGAAAAUCGAGAACAGUUGUUUCUACGGCUGUUUUAGGAAAUUUAUCUUGUUUCAUCCUCGAGGACUCGAUCAUCGUUACAUAUAUUUGUGUUUUGGCCCGUGUCCAAUUUUCCGCAGGCUGAGCUCUAUGGAGUAGAAAAACGACUGAAAAAAACGAUAAAAUCUGGUCCCUAAAACUGGUCAGAAAAAAGCGAUUUUUUUGUUGAAAAAUCUUUGGUUUUGAUCUAACAUAUAUGUUUUUAUCAAGGAGUUGUUUCAAGGCUGCUCGGACCCUCAUAAAGAGCCAAAUAGCUCUUCUUCUUCUCCUUUGAUUACAACAAAUACACUAUUCAUAUUCUCCACACUAAAACUCCUUUGGAACCAGGAAAUAUUUGUUUAGGAGACAAUCAAACUAAUUUGUCUAUUUUAUGGUUGUCAUUUUCCCUCAAUAUUACCUUGAUCUUUCUGUUUGUGUUAAUACGUAGAGGCGUUAAAAGGAGAAAACAUAUAGAGGAUAUUACAUGGCCGCGCGGAGAUACGAAAUUUCUCUUCUCGUGUUGAAAAAUAUUUCACUCGUUCGCUGCGCUCACUCGUGAAAUAUCUUUUCAACACGAGAAGAUAAAUUGCGUAUCUCCAAGCGGCCAUAAUGUUCUAGUUACUACAUAAACACCAAUGAAAUACCAAACCAUUUCACUUUAAUUUUUUUUUGGUGUGAAAGGCGCGAUUAAUUAUGUAGCUAUAGUAACGGUGAUCUUUUCACAAGUGAAGAUAACAUGUUAUUUUCACUUGUGAAGAUAUCUUAUUUUCGCGCGAAAGCUCUCCUGGUAUUUCAUUGGUGUUUAUAUAAUAAAAGUAAAUACUGGUUUCUGUUGUGGUCAACGCAUUUCUCUUAUACUUGUAGAUUGAAGCCCUGUGGAACAUGAAAGCCAUUGCAGCAGCGGGUGACCAUGCCGCGGCAAUAACCAACAGAGGAUUUUUGUACCAGUGGGGAAUGGAAUGUGCCGAUGAGCAGCUAACACAGUUUGUAUCAACACCCACUAGGGUGGGGCAAAUCGACAACAUCACUGUGACGUCACUCUCGUGCGGCACGCACCACACUGUCGUCGUAGGAAAUGGGCGGUGGUACACUGGAAUCCCGUAUUCGUGGGGACGGGGGUCGUAUGGUCGUCUUGGCGUAGGUCAUUCUAGAAGUCUCUUUUCUCCAGGAUGUGUCAACGAACUUUACUAUAACUCAGGCAAGGUUAUCACACAAGUUUCGGCUGGAGACAAACACACCGCAUUUUUAACAAAGGAUGGAGAAGUUUAUACGUGCGGUAACAAUGCUUUUGGACAGCUCGGUUAUCUCACCGCUUCCGGCUACAGCGAUGUGCCACGUAUAGUUUGCCUCGGGAAGAACGCCACAGGAGAUGAAACCAGGUUUGUUGUUUGCAUUGUGUUUUGGUUUAGGAUAAACUGGAUUCCUAUAGUAACAAAUAAAGUGAUAAAUCGCCUCUUAAAAAUGGCGAACGAUUUCCACGAAAUAUUGCCCUUUACUCGAAAAUUAAACUCAGUUAGAUCAUCAUCGUCACUAUCAUCUGGUGGAGUACGCCACAUUCUACUGUUCUGCAAACAAAAUUCGAAAACUUCAAGCAUUACAAACAUUCGUUUGUUGCCGUUGAUAGUAAUCCGGUUGACCUUCAAAAGACAAGAAAAUAAAGACCCAGUGUAAAAAAUUUUUAAAAAGGUGCUCUUGCCUCAGUAUCCUGGAUAGAUGAAUUUAAUAUCCUUCUAUCUUCUUUUGACAACUUUUUGUUCUUUGAACUUAGGGCUAAGGAGCUUUUUUGCAACGACAACUACACAAUGGUCUUAACUAAAGAUGAUGAUGUGCUAGUGUGGGGAGCCUGCUACUAUGGGUCAAAAUUGGAAGAUCCAAUUCCUUUCGACGUCAACGACAAAACUAGCUUGAGAAUUACUGAUAUCACCACAUGCCGUAUCUUGGGAGGAGAGACAUUUUUUGAGCUCGUAGUUGCCUUGACAGAUGACAGCAAUCUGUUAUUUUGCGCUGGAUUGAAAUCUGAUAGUUAUUGCCAAGCUGCCGAAGAUUCAACGCCUCCAGUCCCAUGUAACAAAACAAAUCUGAAGACGCUUUGCUCCGUGGAGUCUGUUCUCGUCAGCGUCGAUCAAGAAGGCAAUGUCUAUUACACUGACAUCGGUUCAUGGAUUUCAAGGUUUUUACCUUCUUUCCCUACAGGUCAUAACAGCCCGGAAGAUUUUAUUCAGGGUUUGUUCUGCCAGAUGAGAGAAUAUUCAGACUCAUCGAGUCCACAACCCGUAGAGUUCACGGCCAUUACAUCAUUUAAUGAAAGUACUGUUGCAGUUGUUGAGGCAAGUCUCAGUACCUUCCUCUUCUGUUCAGACAUCGGUGAUGUGUUCAGUUGGUCUCCGUUAGUAGGCGGGCAUCUUGUUCACCACAAGGAACUGAACAGUGAAAUAAUCGUACAAAUCGCCUGUGGAGCAAGCCAUUUUGCCGCUUUGUCAGACAAAGGCAUUCUGUUCACAUGCGGCGAGGGUCGUUCUGGCCAGUUAGGUAAUGGCAGUUUUCGCAGUAUCGAGGCAUUCCAGCCCGUUCCGGUAACAGAAUUUGACAGGGUGCAGACUGUAUUCUGUGGCUGGGCAAGCACGUCUGCUAUCACAGAAACCGGAAAGGUAGGUGCAGUUUCUGAUCAGAAACAUAUUAUUUGCUUUUCUUGCUUAUUGUGUGAUUGAUUCUACCAUAAAAAGGGGCGUGGAUGAUCGCCUCAUUAGGUGGUGACGUUAAGCCGUUAGCCUUGCUUCCUUCAUCGAUGAACUCGAACUUCAGUGAUCUGGCAUAUCAUACAUUAAGCUUAUAAAUGGACUGAUAGCGAAAUCCAGUAGUGCCUUUGUAUGCUGGCAUCCGAGUUCACUGUCCAUAAAGAAGACGAGGCGUACUGUCGUCUUAUCGUCCGCGAAAUGAAAAAUAAACGUACCCUAUGUUUAAGAAACUUGAUUCUUUCCAUUUUAUCGUCCUUUAGGUAUAUUUUUGGGGACAGCUCGAUCUGCGACGAGGAGAGAAGAUAAGGAGAAAAGAAACGAAUGUACGUUCACCGAUGAACCGCUUUGACCUUGUACAACCCAAGCUGAAUCAAGACAACACUUAUUCUUUAGGUCCAGUAGAGUACCAAGUGGAAGAAAGUGGUGAUACCUGGGGCGCAGAACAUCAAGUUGCUGUUGUUGGCAAGCCAUUUUUCGUCAACAUUUUGCCAAGAGAUCUGGACAAAACUAAAUCUGGUUCUCGUAUGGUAAGAGCACAUUCCUGAACUCAGAAAUUUAUGUUGAUAAUAUUAAACUCUGGUAAUUGACCUAACUGGUCAGAGUCUUCAGACCCAAAAACAUCACGGUUUAACGGACGGGUGACCGAUAACAUGGCGAUCUAAUUGAACAAUCAGGCCAAUAACCACAGCCACCUUGACUUUUAAGAUGCCUGGCUUCUGCACAGUACAGCUUGUCGAAAGGUUCGUCUUUGUUACCAACAUUCCUAUUCAGAUUCAAGACAUUCAACCGGACGAUCAUAUUUUAGGUAUAUUCCACAUAUCAAUUAGACUGUCAGAUCUGGCAUUCCGCUCAAAACUGUUUCUCUAUCGUAUAGCACAAAAUCUCUGAUGAUUGGUCUCCAUAGAAACAAUUCAUUUUUUGGCUUUAAGAAACAUUGAGAAACUCAAUUACAUCUAGAGCAACCAUUCAGUAAGUAACACUUAUCUGGCCCACGAAGAAAAACAUCUACGUUUUCAAAUGAAUGAAAGUAAGUCUUGGUGAGCGGUUAACAUUCGACUAACAGUGCAUUGUUAGUUUCUUUAUGUUGCCUGCUCAAAGCUUUUUGGCGGGAAAUAGUUUCAAUUUCUUGCGUAUCAGGUGACCUUGAAGUAACUAAUAAUAUGCGCGCUCUUAGGUUGAAACUCCAGAACUAUUCCCACUUUUAUGAGAAAUUUAUAAUAGUCACUUUAGUGUAUUCUUUUGACAGGAGUUUCGUGUGGUUGCAAGCAACUUCCAAGACCCAAGUCAGUUGCACACUAAAGGUCGCAUAACCGAGUCUCAGACUAUUGAACGGACUUUCGUUGCUUCAAUAUAUUUUCAUUCAGAAGGACCUUUCAACGUCCAUAUAACUAGAAAUGGUCGAGAUGUACUCGGAAGCCCAUUUAAGGUGACUCUGGAGAAAGGUGUCAUGGUGAAAAGGAGUAAGCUGUCUUUGAUUGGUUCUGACAUUGACUGCAUGAGAGUAGUUGGAGGCGUUCUCCAGAAAGCCAUCGAUAUCAAAAAAUCGGAAAUUGAGUUAUGGGGAAUACCCAGUAUAACCGCCGACUUGUUGACGCAAGAGGCACUGAUGCUGGCGUCGAUGACCGACAGUGGAACGUACAUCUACGUCUGGGAUGCCAGCUGUGGCAGCCUUGCGGAAGAGAACCUUAACUUUUGGUUGCACCAGCUUACCGUCUACGCUCCCUCAGCCAGUGUGAUUCUACUGGGUGUGAAUCUCAGUUCCACGCACGCCAAUGAAAUGGACUUGAAGCCUUUCCAGAUGGUAAAUCCACAGUUAGGUCAAUCCAUUUUCGCCGGCACCACUUUCACAUCGGAACCAGUUAAACUCUUGGAGGAAGUGUUACUGGUGGCUGGAGGAACGAACACCUGCCUAAAUCCUGUGUGGCACCGAUUCGAGUCUCUGGCAUCUAAAGUUAUCAAGAAGAGAGAGAGUGGCGUUGAAAUUCUUGACGAGACAACCUUUAAAGACCUUGCUGGCGAAUGCGGCAUCCACGGCGAUUUUCUCUGCAAGGAAGCUGUUGAGCAUCUUGAGAUGUCAGGUAUAGGUCUUGCUGUAAGAGAAAGACCUUUCUUCACAGUACUGCAGCCUCUUUGGUUGGCGAGACAUCUUACUGAGAUUGCCAAGACAAGUCAGAAUGGAUCAUUAGACAGGAACCUCUUAGGUAUGCAAAUGUGUGUGUGAUGAACGUUGGUGGUGUGUUAUUUUCAAAACCUCUAACCUUAACAAUAGCUCUGAUUUAGACUUCAUUCUUACAUUUACAAAAGGUUAUUUUAAAAUAGGUCAAAGGCUUAGCGUGUACUAUUGAGUCGUGGUCGAACGUAGCAGGUUGCUAAGCACGACAAUCGCGUAACGACGAGUGCAACUCAAGCUUCUUGAGUGCAUAGCAGUCCUCCCAAGUGUACCCAUAACUCAAACAUAACUCAAAAGUACACGCUAAGGCGUCUUCCAUUUGUCUUAAACCAUAAUCAAAGGAGAAAAACAUAUUUGCUAACAGAUAAUAAGGUCGGGAAUGACGUGAGUGUUGCCAUCCGCGCGUAUCAUGGCGUAUGCGGCUCGUUCUUUUCAAACUCUUUUCGAUCGAAAAUGUUUUUGCUGAGUAAGUUAUUUCCGCCUUAAUGUGGUUUGUAAAAUCCUUUUUACGUUAUCUUCAACGACUUUUGCCACUUUCUCUAUGCAAACAAAGCAUAAUCAUGCAGAAAUUGGUGAGCAUUCACUCAUGGGAAAACAGUUUGACUCUUGGGGGGUGAGGGGCUUUCGCCCAUUUUCCCUCCCCCACCUCCGACGACUUGCACGCAGGUCACCGUACAGCUCAUCUGUUUUUGGCCCGUCUGUAAAUGUAACAUGGGAUUUAAUGGUGUUACAACAAAACUGGUGUUUUCCUUCUUUGUUUUUUUUUUAAUAGUAACUGAUUGAUCGUGCACUUUCGUUUCCUCAGACAUACCCAAGCAGCAUGUUGUUAACUUCCUUAUCAGAAGACGCCUAGCUUUGGAACAGCUCGACAAGAGAACUGUUGAUAUCAUUCCUUACCUGUCGUCCGUUCCCGAAGAGAGCUGGCUAUUGGUGGAUAAGUCAAAAUAUACGACUUUUAGACAUCUGGUGUUGUCCGUUCCACCAUAUCACCUCCAUUCAAUGUUUCAAAAUCUCGCUGCUUGUAUCCUGCAAAAAUUCCCCUCUGUAUCACUUGGGAAAUACACGCUAGUAUCCUACGCCGGUCAGUUUCACUUCCGUCUUGACUGUGGUCCUUGUAUCGUCAAUAGGAGUGUUGCAGAGGUGCGCUUAACAGUAAGAGCGCCUGGUCAAAGCAUUUGUACAAAAGCCACGGAAGAAGUUUUGUGUUUUCUCCAAAAUUGUAUCAAGGAAUUAGAUCAUUCAUACGAAUUCACCGUUAAGGUAUCGUGCAGCGUGUGUAGGCAAUACUAUAUUGAUUUGAUCGAAGUUCAAGAGGCGGCAGGACAAGGCGAGACUGAACGUUCGUGUGGGCGAUGUCAUGGCAACCAAAUGUCGCUUUCAGACUUACUGAAUGGUUUCACUGAGAGUCGACCAGCACCAAAAUUUGAUUGGCGUCCUUUUUAUAGAGCUCUAGAUCCAGGUUUGUAUGUACACCAGACUCAAUUUACCUUUUUCUUUCUAAUCAAAGAUCAAACGCAGCUUCUAUAGACGAUGAAGAUUGUGAAAACUUUAGGUGUAAUCGAGUUUGACAUUUAAAGAAAAAAACACGUUAGUUUUCCACUAUCAGUCCGAAGUUGUUAGGCACAGUUAUUGUCAUGAUUAUUAUUUUUUAUGUUUUACGUUUUUCAAAUAAGCUUUGUUCUCUCUAGGAUCAAUGAAAAAGAUAGCGUACGUUGCGAAGAAUUUUGGAAGGCAUGUCAACCUUGUGUUUCCUGAGAUCCACUUUUGACUCAUACCAAUUUGAAAGUAGAGAAGCGAUAAAACCUCCAUCCAAUAUUUCGCAUUUUAUUUACUUGACAAUCGAUUUAUUUACUAACUUAAAUUAAUUUUUAUUCAACUUUUUGUUCCUACAGGAAGUCCCUACUCCAAGAACGAUAUUCCCUCCGCAGACACUCUGUUACGUCCCUUGAUUCGCUACAUUGGAGAUAGGGAGGACAGACAAGAGGCAAAAUUGUUGGGGGAAAUAAAAGGGAUGUUCGAAAACAUGACCAAGGCGUUCGUGGACAUGAAAAACGUAGGUUUGUUGUUUAUAAACUCUACGUACAUAAUGGUCAAGAUUACACAUGGUAUUUUGGUUAGUACAAUGUAUUUGAAGCCGUAAAGUUUCCAAGAUAUGUUCACAAAUUUUAUACUAAUGGCUGUUUUGUUUUUUGCAUGUUUGUUUGUUUGUUUGUUUUCCCCCACGUUGUGCGCAGAAGAGUGAGAAUGGACCUUCUCGGCGAAUUGAAAGGCUUCAUGUGUUUAUUAGUAUGCAUCCGUCGGUAUCAUCACCUCGGUUUUGACUGGCUACAAGCCCGUGUUUGAUUACUGUUAGCACGUUUUCUCUCCCUCAUACCUACGGACAAUUGGAUGAGGUUUUUGUGAUAUCCAGAAUAUUUUAGGUCAAGAUAGGUAGCCUACGAACGGGCUUCCAUGUAGAGCGGGGGCAGGGGGGGAAGAGAAAAUCGGCAAGCGUGAGCAUGAGCGUGAGCGCGAGCGCGUGGAGCUUGUAGACUUUGUUUUGUUGCCGCCCAUCCGCCCAUUUGCAAUUAUCCUGUAACUCAUAUUUCAAUAACAUGUCAUGUACAUUCCGUGCGCAAACAAAUUCCACAGGGGGCCCUCACAAAUUGUGGGAAUAUAUCAUGCGAUGAAUUCUUUUAUAAAAGGUCGGAACAGACAUCUUUUUACCUGAAAUGUUGUGUAUUAUUGUUCUUCCGCUGAAAACGGCGAAUUAUAGCGAUUUGAGGAGUUUCACCUUCGACGUUUACCUGACCGUAUAGUAGAGAGACAGGUAAAGGUCGAAUGUAAAACCCCUCAAGUCGCUGUAAUUCGCCCUUUUUAGCUGCAAGAAUGACCUCAUAGAAAAGAAUUAAUCGCAUUAUAUUCAAUUCCUCUAAAUUGAAAACAGUACAACGCUCAAACAAAUUGUGUGGGCCCCAUUUGGAUUAUUCAAUUAUCUGCUAGCAGAUACCUUAUCUUUAGGUUGCGCUGUCUUUCUAAAAAGAAACUUUAGCUAGGCCCUUAGCCAAUGGGUCGACAGAUAUUGCAAUGACUUAUAAUAGAGAAGUGAAAUUCUUCGCUUUUAGGUUGCUGGCUUGCUAUAAUUGUUUAUUAUCAUUAACCUCUUUGUUUUUCAGUACGACACUCCGAGGACUGUCUGCAUUCUUCCCGAAUUCCAAAGAGCAUCUGUUGCUAAACGCGGUGCGCUGAAAAUGUUAUUGACGUAUGGCAAGCCAAAGUACCGGCUCUUCCUUCUUUGUGAGGGGAACGGGGAUGGAACGGGUGUGCACUUUCUAGACUACAGCAGACACAAGGGUUACAGACUAGAAACUCCUUUAGCUGCUGCCUUUAUCAAGGAUUGUGCGGAAUUGCUGAGGUUUACUUUCCAGGUGCUUGCU